UUCAAUAUGGUGUUUGUCGUUGAACGAUUUAAGUCGGAUUUUCAUAUUUUAAGGUAAAAUGAACAGUAAAAGAACGUUUAUCUAUCGUAAUGAUGAAAAUUAGAUUGAGAAGUCUGUGCCCUAUCUAAAAAUUUUGAUGCCACGUCGGUGUUCUGUAUAGAAAAUCGUGAAAACAACAUCUUCGAGUCGUUUUAUACUCGCUGGUUUAAAAAGAAAAGUCGAAAGAUUUAAAAAAUAAGAAAAUUAAAAAUAAUGGAAAGCAUUAAGGUGGACAGCGGUACAGAUACAAAUGAAUCGGAGAUUCAAGAAAGUAACAUUGAAGAGAAGAACGAAAACUUUGUGUCAGAUAUUACUACGUUAGACAUUAAAUCUCGACUUAGUCUGAAAACGACUGAAGUAUACGGAGAGCCACAUACAAAUGGAAUACCUCGACAAGGUCAUUUAAACCAACACGACGAGGCGGAAACAUUAUCUUUGGAGAACAAAGGCGAUAACAUCCAAUAUGUUAGUUACACUAGCGAAUUACAAAUGCCUAAUAUUAUGCACUUGAUACAAAAGGAUCUAAGCGAACCUUAUUCCAUUUAUACGUAUAGAUAUUUUAUUCACAAUUGGCCAAAAUUAUGCUUCUUGGCGAUGCACGGUGACGAAUGUGUCGGUGCUAUUGUUUGCAAGCUGGAUAUACACAGGAAAGUGAUAAAACGUGGAUAUAUUGCAAUGUUAGCCGUAGAUGUGAAAUAUCGGAAACGGAAGGUCGGAUCGAAUUUGGUAAGGCGAGCGAUUCACGCUAUGAUGGAAGAUAACGCGGACGAAGUAGUUUUGGAAACUGAGAUUACUAAUCGGCCAGCGCUACGUUUAUACGAGAAUCUAGGGUUUGUACGCGACAAGCGAUUAUUUCGGUAUUAUUUGAACGGUGUAGAUGCUCUGCGGCUAAAGCUAUGGCUCAGAUGAAAUUCAUCUAUGUGUAUAUAUAUAUAUAAAUAUAUAUUAUGAUUUAAUUAUUAUUGAUAUAUAUGUGUAUAUAUAUAUAUAUAUAUAAUGUAUAAUGUAUAUGUAUAUAUCAAUAAUGGAAUUAAAUGAUUUUAACAUUGAAAAGAGAUAACAUUUAAAUUGUGUAACGUCGAGAAAUAGGGAAUGUUAAUGCCAAAAGAAUUGUCGAUUGUAUAUGGAGAAAAGACUCGUGUUGGAAAAAAAUGAUGUUUCACGUAUCGUUUAAUAACGUUGCAUAAAGUUUACUUGAAGAUUCACUCGUUACAUUAUGUCAUUAGAUCAUUUGUCGAUUAACAUAUGUUUACGUAUGUUUCUUAAUUUUAUCGUGAUAAUUGAUCGGUUGGAAUCGUUGGAAGAAAGCAAUUAAUUUCUUUUGGUAUUAACGUUUAUCGGCAUAGAUUACAAUUGCAGUUGGAGAGUAUAAAAGUAAAAGGUGAUAGUGAAAGAAAAUCGAUGCUGUCAAAUGGCUACUAGAAAUAGUAGAUGUAGAUUAUCCUCAUGCCUUAUGCUAUAAUUAUAUGUAUAUAGACUGAUACAAUGAAGUAAGAAAUGCAAAGUAAAUUUUCAAUCGAUGUGUACACCAUACAGCGUAAAGUGAGUAUCUUAUUAAUAGAUUUGUUGUAAUGGAAAAAAUUUUGGCCGCCGUUCGAGAUACAAUGUAUGUACAUAUAAACUAUUGGAUAUAAGCUCAUUGUAUCAGGUAUUGCAUCUGUUUAUCGUGUAAGUAUAUUAGGAGCGCGCACGCACAUGAAUGCAUGUGAAUAGAGAAUAAAAGAAAAAAGUAUGAUUUGCCAAAUUAAAAUAUUCCGAAGAAAGUAUGUCGCACGCGAUUAUCGCAGGGCCGUAUUCAUUGCUGUUUACUUAUUAUGUCUACCUUUGUAUAAAAUAAAUUGCGAGGCUCAGAUUGUAUAAUGUAACUAUUAAAA